CGAAUUGACAACAGCCUUAUAUGUUGCGCAGCGCGCGCGAAAUUGUAUUAGUCAAAAGAAAUGACAACGUCAGUGAACCUGUAUUUAGGUAUUUAAACAGUGCAUAUAAUGUCUGAACAGUCUAAUAUCAGUUGACUUGGCCGUGGCUCCAUACUCCAAAAUAUAUAUCUCGAGGUCAACAAAAGCAGCAGUGGGUAAUCGAUCGACAUUUACGAUAAUGUUGCCUAUAUAAACCGGCGCGGUUCCUGUACUUGGCUUUUUCAUUCAGCUAUGUUACUUAGUAUACACGGACUCUUCAGCUGCGCACUUACAUACACACACACACAUAUAUAUGUAUAUUAUACAAUUUAGUCUAGUCAGUUUAGUGGCGACGACGGUUUAUAACGACGACGCUUAAGGCAGUGCAGUUUUCGCGCGCAUUCACGCAUUUUUCCAGUUCGACGACGACGGAGAGAGAGUGAGUGAGUAACGAAGAAAAAAAAACAACGACUCCCGAAUUAACAUGGACACCGAUGUGGAGAGUUGUCUGAAAGAUUGGAAUGAUCUGCAGGGCGACUACAAGGAACUCGAGGCGCUCAGUAGAACAUAUUUAGCCAAACUUGAGGAAGUAGGAGAAUUACAAAAAAAAUGUGUGAAUGGAAUAAGUCAUCAAAAGUAUCGUAUGGGAGUUAUCAAAAAAAGUUUGAAACAACUUCAUGCAAGCGAUACAAGGAAAGCAUUAGACAAAGAAAUGCUAAGGAGAGAACAACAAUUACAUGAAAUUGAACAAACAUUGCCAAAACCUAAUGGCACUUAUCUUUCAAUUAUAUUAGGUAGUGUUAAUGUCUCUAUAUUGAAUAAAAAUGACAAGUUUAAGUACAAAGAUGAAUAUGAGAAAUUUAAACUGGUUCUAUCUGUGAUUGGUUUUGUUCUAUCUGUAAUUAACUUAAUCACUAAUAUAAGGACACUGGAGUUAAGUUUCAUGUUUCUACUAGUCUGGUAUUAUUGUACUUUGACGAUACGAGAAAGUAUAUUAAAAGUCAAUGGAUCUAAAAUCAAAGGUUGGUGGCGUUUCCAUCAUUUUCUGUCCACUGUUGUAGCAGGUGUACUAUUAGUUUGGCCAAAUACUGGUCCAUGGUAUGCAUUCCGUCAACAAUUCAUGUGGUUUAAUGUUUAUAUAAGUAUAGUACAAUAUUUACAAUUUCGUUAUCAAAGUGGUGUUCUUUAUCGUUUGAAAGCUCUUGGUGAAAGGCACAACAUGGAUAUAACAAUUGAAGGCUUCCACUCUUGGAUGUGGCGAGGACUGUCUUUUCUAUUUCCUUUCUUAUUUGUUGGAUACUUCUUCCAACUCUAUAAUGCCUAUGUACUCUUCAAGCUGAUUUGGCAUCCUGAAGCUACUUGGCAUGUAUCAGUGCUCAGUAUAAUGUUCAUGGUGCUAUUCUUAGGAAAUGUAACAACGACAAUAAUGGUUAUACCGCAAAAAAUGCGAUCCAGAGUUAUGGAUCAUUUCAGCUUUAGUGCAAAGGCAGUACCGAAAAAAGAUGACAAUCCAGAGGAAAAGCCUAAAGAAAAUGAUGCUAAAACAAGUAAAAGUGAUUAAAUGAAAGCCUAAACGACUUUAAGUUGUCGAAAUCAUUUUUAAGAGAUGAGUUCGUCUUUCCAUACAACUAAAGAUUAUAAUAGCCUUUAUUUCUGAACAGUUAUAGAAUUAUUUAUUUCAUUCAAUAAUUCAUCACAAUGUUGACACUAUAACACUUAAAAGUAAAUGAAAAUUACUUCUGUUCAACGUUUAAGCUCAUUGCCACUAUAUUGCAACCAAUUUGUUUUGGUUUAUACAAUUUAUAUAUACGAAAUUGUUUGUAUUGAAGAAAUCUUUUUAUUAGUAAUCUAUUUUCUACGAAAAGGACCAUGUCCAACUGGUCGUAAUGAUUUGUUCAAAAAUCAUUUACGAAUAUUGGUCAAUAAGCGAAAAGCUCAACACGUAUUUGAAUAUUUGUUGUAAAUUAACCAUCACGAUAAUGCAUUGUGAUUAUUGUAAAGUACUGGUGUGGCUUGUCUAAUGAUAAUUAUUGUUAAAAACCUUUCGAUGAAAUUAUUUGUUGUUAAAAAGAGGGACAGGGGUGUUUUUAGCCUACUUAGCUAAUCGCAAUUCCGGCCGGCUUGUCGCCCGAACGCGUCUAGGAGUAAUAAAAGUUAAUUCAAAUUCCCAUCUAGUCCAAUACUCUAGCUCUAUAUUUAUAUACAUCUACGUAUAUUGUUACGCACAAGAUUCUUGUAGAAUCGUUGCCAUGUAUCAUUCCAAUAGAGGGCUGACGGCAAUUAGUAGACACUCGCGAAUAUGGAGAAAGUAUUUAACAGUCCAGGAGGGAAGACCGUUAAGAAACAUGUGGGUGAAAAAAGAAAGUAUAUAUAUUGGCAUAAUAGCUAAUUUAUUAUUUUUUCAUAAAAGUUGAAAAAGAAAUAUUUCACACUGCAAACUUCACUGCUCUUUCUUUAAAUACAAAAGACUUGCUCUCUGUCUGAUGUUAUUUCUCGUUUGUUUAUAUAUUUUUGUAAACAUUUUUUACACGUUUUUAAAGAGUUAUUAACUGAAAAUCUUUCAAGUGGAAACUUUGUUUUUCAAUUUUUACCAUGCAUGUAUAUGUCACUUAUUAUAAUAGGUUUUUAAUGAUUAUUUACAUAGCAUGUGAUUGUAAAUGAUUUUUUUUUUGUUUGAUUUUAUUGUACUACUCACAAUUACAAAAUAAAGGAUUUGUUUAUUUACGUAAUAAGCACGUUUAUAGCAUUUAUUAGCUACAAUUUUUAUAACCCUACUACUAAACAAACAGUGUUGAAUAACAAUUUCAAAAAUACGCUUCUUCUGCCUUUGAAUCUGUAAUAAACCGCACUGACGGAUAUUGAUAAUAUACUAGAUUACUGUCAAUCGUUACUUUUAGAUGAUUUCAAAGUAAUUUUGUAUGUUAUACAAUGUAUCUUGAUUUUCUGUAUUUUUAAAAUAGUUUUUACAACGAAAAAUGAAGAAAGUGAGAGUUAUAUUUUUCUAUAAAAUUAUUCUUAAUACAUGGAUUGUGAAUUAUUUUUGUAAAUAAAGAAAACACUAGUUUUGUUUUCUCAUUGUAACUCUAAUAAAGCCACCCAAUAAAUGAA